CAUUUCAGUCGUUGCUGUAUGGUUGCGCGAUGUCCUGGUGAAGGUAUGCUGGGCCGAUGCCCAUGAAUCCGCGCACGGUCGGCUGGGUAUGUCUCGCACUCGUCGUUCAGGCGUUGCUGUACUUGUACUUCACUCGGCGCACCAUACUUCUCGUCGGUGUCCUCUCGGCUCGGGAGAACUUCGAUCGGCGCGCAGCAGCGCGCGAGACGUGGCUGAGCGGCGCCUCUCGCGUCAAGUCCUUCUUCAUCGUCGGCCGCGACGCGUGCAGAGUUCCGCCCGAAGACCGCGUCGAUCCGUAUGUUUGCCAGCGCUGGGAGCCGAACCUCACGGAGAUCAACGAGAAUCUCGAGUUUUACGCGGCCACGGCCAAGACGCGUGACUGUUUUCCCCGAAAGCGACCGCUGUACACGGGCUUCAGCUUCGAGGUGCACCACCCGCUGUCGGUGUCGCGACUGGGCGUGCUCGGGGACAUUCUGAGCGGCAGCACCGGCGUCACGGUCGCGCUCAUCGACGCGCACACACGGGAGAUACUGCGCAAGGCAGUUAUCAGCACCGAAACGGGCACCGAGGACGGCGGCUACUAUUACCGCAACAUUGACCGGGUCAUCCUCAAUAAGUACUUUGAAGGGGUGGUCAGCCUCUCCGGCGAGAUUGUGAGCGAGACAUGUUCAACGCCUUUGGCUUGGAACAACGGCUCCAACCUGUUGACGUACGAAAGGCUCUACGUAGACCACGAGGACAGGAACAGCGUGGUCUGGACACCCAUGGCAGUUUCUGGUGUGGGUAUCCACUUUGUUGUGUCAGACGCACUGCCCAGCCUCUUGGAUCAUAUGGACGAUGCAGAAAUGCGUCAAGCCGUAUGGGACGAGCUUGUGGAGGAAGAACAACGCAAGCUGGACGCUGAGGCUCGGAGGUAUCGAGACAUUGCCCUGGUGCCCAUCACCGAUGUGUACCGUAAUCUUCCACAUAAGCUGCUGCAUUUCUUUGACUUCCUGCUCCAGCGUUCAAUUGAAUUUGACUUCCUUGUCAAGGCUGACGACGACUCUCUUGUCGACCUGGAAGGUAUACGAAACAGUGUGCCACAGGGGAAGCACGAAAAAAUUUGGUGGAGCACAUUCAGGGAGAACUGGCCAGUCAUUCGCUAUGGAAAGUGGGGUGAAAGCACAUACAGUGCGCCAGUGUACCCUGCCUUCGCAUGUGGUGCUGCAUAUGCUCUGUCAAGAGAUGUAGUCCUCUGGCUCGCCAGGAAUAAGGACUACUUGCACAGCUACCAGGGUGAAGACGUUUCCAUGGGCAUCUGGUUGGCUGCGCUCUCACCAAAGCGCAUUCAUGAACCCCGCAAUUGGUCGUGCAGCUACGGCUGCCCUGAUGGCGUCAAUCGUCCGUACAACAGGGCUGAGCUUUCACCCAGUGAAGUGAAGACAGUGUGGGCGACUUUCAAGAAGCACAAGAAGCUGUGCUGAGUCUGGUAUGGACCAACAAGUGUCAGAAAAAAAAAAAGAAAAAUUUCAAUGUAAUGAGCGUAAUUUCUGACCUUCCAUAAUUAAUGCCGCUUGCAGUUCAUACUUCAGCUUGCUUAGCCAUUUUUGUAGCCACAAGAUUGACCUGGCAUUGAGAGUAUCAUUUCAAGUGCAUUGAUACUGAACUACUCCUAAAUGCACACUUCCCAACUCUUCAGAAUUUUUAGUCAAGUUUAUGAAUUGGGACUCGGUUUACAAUUUUAAAAUGUUACAUUACGUUUUACAGAAAAUGCUGUUUGCCAGUCAAAAACCGCAAUGUCUUUUGAUGGUGAAAAGAUGCAAACAGGGUACUUGCUUCUAUCAAGUUUAUGUGGACAAGUUCCUGAAGCAGACAAAAAUUGCAACAACAUAGUCACUGUGAUGCUAAUAACAAUGUUUUGCUUGUCAGAAUUUGGCAGUGCUAAGUUUUUUGCUGCUUUUCUGCUGCAUAUAAACAAUAAAUUCUUGUCAAUAUAUUA